AACGUCACAUGAUCAUAAACAUAUUUGAUAUUUCGCACUAGAUAUCUAGAUAAGAAAUAUAGAUCUAGAAUCUAGAUCUAUAUUUCUUAGAGAGUGACUUAGUUUUUAGAUUACAUUUAAUGACAUAGAUCUAGAUCUAGUCUCCUAGUCUUCAUUUAUUACUGAAAAGUUUUAGAUCCUAAUUCAAUUGUUUAAAAACAGAAAUGAUCCCAGGGCUAAAGUUGCCAUAAAAGAUCCAGCACCAUGGCUGAGGCUAUCAGUUUACUGGAGCAGAGGACAGGCCCGCAGCAGGACACACAAGUAAAUAGUGUCAACAUCUGGAGAGAGCAUGAGAGAUUGGAUGCUAUCCUGUCUUUAAUUCCUAGAAAAGCCCAACAUGGUGUCUUGAUGUCAUGUGACCUAGUGUUGACGUGUAUAGAUGCCAAUGAACACUUCAUCGCUCUGGGUACCAACGUGGGAAUCACUUUUCUCUACUCACGCAGGGAGCAUGUCAUGCAGAGGCUAAAAGCUGCUAACCCCAGUGAUGUCAUUACCUGCGUGAGGCUCCACCAUGGCAUUGAUGACCAGCUGGCAACUGGCAUGGCAUCUGGAGACGUAACUGUCUUCUGUAUGCCAGGCAAGACAUCCAUGCAGAAAAAACAGAUGCAGAAAUUUGAUGUGCGUGACUUACAUAAACACUACAUCACCUGCCUGGCCUGGAGCACCAAUGGCAUGAAGGUCUACAGCGGCGACAAGAAUGGGCAGGUGGUUACUACAGAGCUGGAUUUUUACCAGGGUCAGUGUUCCUCCAGCCUCCUACUGGUGGAGCAGGCCACAGAAAUCACCCAACUGGACUACAGACAUAAAGUCCUGCUCGUCUCAACACGACUGCGCAGCUUUGUUGUCCGCAUCGACCUCAAAUGUCAGAUUGUUCAUAUUGGAACAAAGGACAGGAAAAUUCCAGGGCCUUUUGGCGCCUGCUUUAUUCCUGGACUCAGCAAGACAGACGAUGCCAAGCUUUAUGCUGCCCGGCCUGGGUGUCGCCUGUGGCUGGCAGACAUGCAGGGGUCAGUCAUCAGCACUGUCAUCUUCCCUGACCCCUGCGCGCCUGCAGUCCCAGAGAUCCCCCUGCUGUCCACAGGAAAACUUCAGACCAGCAAAACAGAGUUCCAGUUUGGGAACCUGCGCUGGCUGGGGCAGAAGGAGGUCGUGACCUGGUCAAGCUCUGCUCUUGUCAUCCUUGACCCUGCAGCCAACAAGGUCGUGGCCAGCCAGUCGAGGUUGAGUGGGAUCAUUGAUGUAGCCGUGGUGGAGGAGACGGGGGAGAUCUUUUUGCUGCGGAGACACGCAGACGCCAGGGUCAUCCGCAUCUCCCAGCAGGCUGAGCACAGAACUUGUAAAGUUGCCCCAUCUCUAGCCACACCAGUGCUGCACCAAGAAGACAAGCCAGCCAGACAUGAAGAAGAAAGUGAUUUUGUUUCCAAGAUAUCAUUCUUGAAGAAAUUCACCAACCCACUAAAGAAAUCUGAGAAACCAGUUGCACAGGAUAUUUCUGAUGUCAUGAUUCCUACAGCUAUUAGCCCACCUGACAGCUCACCUGAGUUACCACCUGUUGUUUACCUUUUGUCUCCGGAGCUGGAAGGUGUCAGACUGUACACUGGAGGGCCAGACACAGCAACGGCUUCAACAACACCUCUCAUAGCCGUCCACUCUGACCAUCCGACAGACAUCCAAGUUACAACAACUGAAGCACUGGAAGAGACGACCUUGAAAGAACAUGUGAAGGUCGCUGACCAAAAAGUAUUUUUAGCCCCAGAGGAUGACCAGAUUGUCUUUAGCCAUAAAAUGAAGAAAAAAAAGAAGAAGAAAAAAUUAGGGUCGCAGAAAGAAAAAGACGAAGACUCUGUGAGCCAGGUAUCGACGUCCAGCCAGCUUUCAGAUGAGUUUACCCUGACCUCCACCCCCAACAACACCCCCGUAGUCCUUGACUCCCCAUUGGCUGCCAUCAGACGUGCGGACGAAGUCCUGAAGAUGAUGGAAAACUUUAAACUGGGGGAAGUCAAGUCUGACGGGGGUGAGACAACUCUGACCCUUGUAGCAGGCGGGGAGCUGCCACAAAAUGACACCAGCUCUAAAACUUUGUUUGAAACAUUAGCUCCCUUGAGCUGUGUAGGGGCGGGCAUGGCUGGAGAGAGCCAGGCCAGCUCUCAGCUGGAUGGAGAGAAUGUGACGAGGGAGAGUGUGACGAGGGAGAGUGUGUUGUCCCAGCCUGACCUGCACAUGCCACCUGUCAAUACGCUGGACCAGUCAGCCUCGCAGUCGGCCUCGCAGUCGGCCUCGCAGUCGGCCUCGCAGUCAGCCUCACAGCCAGCCUCGCAGUCAGCCCCGCAGCCAGCUGGUGGGGAUCAGCAGGGCGGACCAAAGGAAAUCAGGUCCAAACUUUCUUCCCACGUCUCCCUGACAGACGCAUUGAAUGAAAUUGCUGCGAUAGAAGCCACUGACCCCUUCCGUAAAGGUUAUAAAAAAGAAAAAUCAACGGAUGAUUUUUAUUCAAUUUUCCUGGACACAUCGCCCGAGUCGCCUGAGUUUCCUGUCACAAGAAGCCAUAAGAAACCCGCUGGGCCUUCAGUCCUGUCUGCUGACAGUGAGCGCUCCACUGAAAUGCAGGACAUUGCCCAGCGGCGCCUGGCCAACAGCUGGUCUGAGUACACGACCCCCACCAACAUCUACAGUCUGGCGCUCAGUGCCAGCCACAUCUGGUUCACAGACAAGGCUGAGAACAUCCACUACUCCAACAUUGGAAGCCCUAAAGGCAUUCUCUGGCGGAAAGCCACGGGGAAUGCCAGUCAGAUAUCCGUGUCCCCCUCAGGGCAUAUUGUGUGGCGGCUACACAGGGGCACCGUCUACGCGGGCACCAAGAUCAGCAGUCGUCACCCGGAGGGCUUGAAGUGGGUCGAGGCAGUGAAAGACGUGGAGUACAUAGCUGUAGACGACCAUUGCGCCUGGUACAUCAAGCGCAAUGGUGAGGUGAUGUUCCAGAAAGGUCUAUCGCAGGAGCGGCCAUGCUACAAGUCCAUGAAGGUGGAGUGUCCCUAUAAAGUCAAGCAGAUUGUCUGCAGACAGGGCGUGGUGUGGGCAGUCACAGACUCUCUCAGCCUGAUCAUGAGGACUGGCGUCACCCACGACACACCUGAGGGCAAAUAUUGGGAGCUGAAUUACAGAGAAAGCCAGCCCUAUUUAUUUUCCCAUGUGAGCAUCGACCACGAGAGGAUUGGCUGGGCUAUUGACGUCCUCGGUCAGAUCUGGUUCUGUGAUGGACUGACCCCAGACAACCCCCAGGGGUCUGACAUCUGGUGGCAGAUUCCACUGAGUGAGUACAUCCUGCAGGACGAGACCACCAUUGACAUGAUCAAAGCUGUGGCCAGAAAAUUUGACCCCAAAAAAUUGUCGUACAUUUUGAGCACAAACAGGGGUGGGCUUAUCACUGCUGGCACCCAGGGGGUGUGGCUGGCACUGGAUUUCAGGAACAUUCUACAGGUGUGUCAGGGUAGUGUCCAAGGCUACCAUUGGCUAGAAGCUCACCCUGCCCAGAUCUCUCCAUCCUCAACAUGGAAGCAUAUCUGUGCUAACAUUUCUCAUUUAGACUGGGGUUGUGUCUGGGCCCAGCAGCCCAUGUCCACCGACCUCUUCACCUUCAAGCGAGCACAAGGGGAGGCCACUAUGAUUCAAGGCUCAGAGGACUUCUGCUGCAUUUCUGUUGGUCCAACAGCAACAUGGGCGCUAACUAACAAGGGCGAGGUCAAGGUCAGGACAGGCAUGGGACCCCACUGCCCACAGGGCAACAGCUGGGUGGACCUAGACAUUUCCCAGCUAGGGGACGCAAGACUUGUCCAUCUGAGCUGCAACUCCCUGUACGUGUGGGCGGUGGAGGCGGAGGGUGUGGUCUACCAGAGGAUUGGGGCCAAACCUCCCACAGAGAACAACCUCAACCCAGCCUGGCUGCCCAUUGAGACGUUUGGGGACAUUGUCUUCACACAAGUACACACUGGUCCACUCGAUUGGAUGGUUUGGGCCAUUGACAAUAGGAGAUUGACGUAUGUCAGGGCUGGAAUCACAGAGAACAUGCCCAUUGGUAAAGAGUGGAUUCAUGUGCCAGGUAUACAAGCUCUAGACCUGGCGCUGACUAAAACAGGUGUCUGGGCACUCACCACCAAUGGGGAAAUUUUUUUCCGUUACGGCAUCUCAAGGGAGUUAACCAGUGGGGAUUACUGGAAAAAAAUUCCUGGAAUUUUUAGAAAAAUAUCAGCCUCAGCCAAUGAUGAACUGUGGGGGGUCACCAGAGAGGGGCAUCUCAUGCAGUGUAGCCUCAAGUGCUUGAAUCGACAACACCAUUUUCCUGAGGCCCCAACUGGCCGGCUGACCAGUUCCAGCAGUUUAAGUGAAGAUGUGGACUGGGAAAUUGUCUAGCAUUCAAAUUCAUUAGGCUAUUUUCAAUUAUUUUCUCUGUGUCUGUUUAAUCAUUGUUUGCCAUUGAAAAUAAAUCCAACUUUCAAAUUAAUUAAGUAAGGUCCCUCAUCAGUUAUAAAGCUGUUUUGGUAUGAAAUAUACCCAUAAAUUUAGACCUGCUUCCAAAUGGACAAAUAUUUGAUCAAUGCCAAUGAGUGUCAGUUAUCUUGUUUAGAAGUGAGUGCUUUUAUUUCUGUCCUGAUGGAACUUGGUUGAAUUGUUCGUCAAGUGGAGUUACUAACUAGUUUAAAUCUUUCCUGUUGACAAAAAUGGCCAAUAUUUUUUUUUUGUGUGCUGGCAUUAAAAAAAAAUUCUUGCCGUGACAAUUGAUCUGUCAUUGUCUGCUGCACAUUUAGAUAUACUCAGUGUUCAGAAUGGCUAAACAAGCGCUGUGAUUUUUGUACCAUUUGGUGUAACCAUUUCAUCAUCUUUUUUUUUACCAAAGUGCAAUGUUUCAGGGUCUGCUUCCAAAUGCUGUCAUUUUAACUGUAUGGGUCAACUCUCUUAGAAAAAUGUUUAUAUGCUUAGAAAAAUGACACAUUUGAGCAAAUAACUGUGUUGUGAAUUUAAUAUUUUUGGUCUGUCAGAUUUUUAAAAUUUAUUAUUUGAAUUGUGCCUGCUCCCUGCCUGUGUUUAGCUGCUUCAGGUUUUUAAAUUGAAGUUUUACUCUGAUCCAAUAUUAUUCCUAUCUUUUGAUAAAAAGUUAUUGUCCUUGAAUAUUCCACUAUUUGAUCAUUCAUCUAAAUAAUGUGCUUUAAUAUGACUUUUAUAUUUAAAUCCUAAUUUCACCCUUGUUUUUUACAAUGCAAGAUUUUGAACACACUCAUGCACAAAGUCACCUUGAAUUAUUUAUUUGACUCUUAUUUUUGUCAUAAAAAUAAACGGAAUAUUUUUAAUAUAAUUUUGCCGUCUAUUAUGAACAAACUGUUUGAAUGUAGUGUGUAAAAC